UUUUCUAAAGAUUACCGUGUAGUUGAUCAUACUUUCGACGCUGUCGUCGUUGGUGCUGGUGGAGCUGGUUUGCGCGCUGCGAUGGGUUUAUCCAUGGCAGGCUUUAAAACUGCCUGCAUUUCUAAAUUAUUCCCAACAAGAUCUCAUACUGUAGCUGCUCAGGGUGGCAUUAAUGCAGCAUUGGGCAAUAUGGAAGAAGAUGAUUGGAAAUGGCAUAUGUUUGAUACUGUAAAGGGUAGUGAUUGGCUAGGUGAUCAAAAUUCAAUUCAUUACAUGACUAGAGAAGCUCCUAAGGCCGUUAUCGAGCUGGAAAAUUUCGGGAUGCCUUUCAGUCGCACCGAGAGCGGGAAAAUUUAUCAGCGUGCUUUUGGUGGGCAAAGCUUGAAGUAUGGUAAAGGUGGCCAGGCUCAUCGAUGUUGUUGCGUUGCCGAUCGUACUGGUCAUUCCUUAUUACAUACGCUUUAUGGCAGGUCACUGAAGUACGACACCCACUUCUUUAUUGAAUAUUUUGCACUGGAUCUCAUUAUGAAAGACGGAGCUUGCAUCGGGGUUAUAGCUAUGGACAUGGAAGAUGGUAGCAUUCACCGCUUUCGAGCCAAGAAUACAGUUCUUGCAACUGGUGGAUAUGGACGUGCCUACUUUUCCUGCACUUCAGCUCAUACUUGCACAGGCGAUGGAACAGCUAUGGUGUCCAGAGCAGGAUUAGCAAAUGAAGAUAUGGAAUUUGUUCAAUUUCAUCCAACAGGUAUUUAUGGCGCAGGAUGUUUAAUUACAGAAGGUUGUCGUGGCGAAGGAGGAUAUCUGAUUAAUUCUGAGGGUGAGCGCUUUAUGGAGCGCUAUGCACCAACUGCUAAAGAUCUAGCAUCUAGAGAUGUAGUUUCUAGGUCUAUGACUAUGGAAAUUAGAGAAGGAAGGGGGUGCGGCCCAGAUAAAGAUCACGUAUACUUACAACUAUCCCAUCUACCGCCUGAGACCCUUAGAACCCGUCUGCCUGGUAUAUCUGAAACAGCUAUGAUCUUUGCUGGUGUUGAUGUAACAAAAGAACCAAUACCUGUCAUUCCAACUGUUCAUUACAACAUGGGAGGAGUCCCUACUCUCUACAAUGGACAGGCCAUUCAGUAUACAAAAGAAGGUGGUGACGUUAUCGUGCCUGGUCUGUAUGCUGCUGGUGAAGCCGCUUGUGCCUCUGUUCACGGCGCUAAUCGCUUGGGCGCUAAUAGCUUACUGGAUUUAGUAAUAUUUGGAAGAGCUUGUGCAUUGCAUAUUGAAGAAACUUGCAAACCUGGCGACUCUAUAGCAGAUUUACCAUCGAAUGCAGGAGAGGAAACCGUAGCCAAUGUUGACAAACUACUUCAUGCUAAUGGUGCCAUACCUACGGCUGAUUUAAGACUAAAAUUGCAAAAAACUAUGCAAAACAAUGCAGCAGUAUUCAGGACUGGACCAGUAUUGGAAGAAGGUUGCAAGUUAAUUGAUGAAAUUUAUAAUCAAAUGGGCGACAUUCGUUUAUCCGACCGUGGACUUGUAUGGAAUUCAGAUUUAAUCGAAACCUUGGAACUUCAAAAUAUUCUUGUUAACUCCGUUCAAACUAUCUAUGCUGCACAAGCACGUGAAGAAAGUCGAGGAGCUCACGCUCGUGAAGAUUUCAAAGACAGAGUAGAUGAAUACGAUUAUUCUAAACCGCUGGAAGGCCAACAAGAGAAACCGUUCAAUCAACACUGGCGGAAGCAUACUAUGUCAUAUGUCGAUCAUCGAACUGGCAAAUCUCACUUAGAGUAUCGUCCAGUAAUUGAUGAUACAAUGGAUGAAAAAGAAUGCGCUCCGGUUCCCCCUGCAGUUCGAUCAUACUAA